AUGGCACUAUACGAAUAUUCAAGCGUUACCGGAAAACUAUGCUUCUCAGCUGGAUUUCUCACAAACGUAUUGCUAAUUUACCUGACAUUGUGCCACAUCAAGAAAAUAACAGGCACCUACCGGAUAAUGGUGGUCAUAUUCUCCGUACUCGGCGUAUUUUUUUCCGGACUUGAAAUAUUUUCAAAGCCAUUCACGCACAACUACAACAAUGCCAUGAUUUUCUUUAGUAUGAACAAUUGGAUCCGACAAGACCUUUUACAAUUUUCAAUCGCACUUUUCGCCGCAACCUAUCAAGUUGUAGUUGCUAAUAUAGCUGUUCAGUUUUUUUAUCGCUAUGCAACUUUAUUCAAACCAGCAGUUGCAAAGAAGUUUGAUGGCGAUUGGGCUUUUGUGUGGAUCUUGUAUCCAGUUAUACCAGGUUCAAUAUACCUAAGUUGCCAUUACAUGUUUUUCUAACCUGAUCAAUAUGCCGAUGACUACGCCAGAGAGGAAAUAUUAAGAAACUAUGAGCUCGUUAUAGAAGAAGUUCCUCGUUUUGUACUUGUUGCAAUUAAUGGUGAUGGUUCGCUCAGAUGGAAGAAUCUACUUUUCCUGGUUCAAGGCUUACUUGUGAUCGCAGUUAAUUACCUGGCAAUAAUUUAUUUCGGUUUUCAAAUGAGUCGAAAGAUGAAACAAAAGCUUCAGGAAUUCUCAGCAACCUACCAGAGGCUUCAAAAACAAUUUUUUCGAGCUCUCAUAGUACAAACUAUGGCUCCAACUUUUUUGUUCGUUUUGCCAGCUGGACCAGUGCUACUUGGUCCUAUAUUGUCCGCAAUAUUCGAUGUCGAGUGGAGCCUUCAAACUGGUUGGGUUUGCACAAUAUUCACUUUUUACGCACCAAUUGAUAGUAUCGCAUUCAUGAUUAUUGUUUCAGAGUAUCGAAAAAUUAUCAAAGUUCAAUUGCGUAAAAUCAAUUUGUUAUCAACUCCAACGCCAACAACUGGUAUUGCAUUAAACGAGUGA